UGCUGUUUGACUAUUGCAGUACAGGCUGUAUGCAUAAGGCUCCAUUCCACUGAAUCCAUUGUUCCAGGUUUUGUGUGACAGGAGCUCCGUGUCUCUCUGAAGGCAGGUAGCCUCCCUCUGAUUUUCUUCCUGGUGCCUGACACAGUCUUUAGGAUAGAAGCUAUAGAGCUGGUUUGAAGAUCUGGGUAAAGUCCAGCCAGCAUCACUCAGGCGCAGAGAUUCAGAAUGAAUGAUUAACAUCACAAAAGCUCCUCUGCACUUCCACACUGUAGAACAAAAGAGCUGGAUUCAUCUGCCGGUGUCACCGGCUCUCUCUUGUGUCUUCUAUCAGAGAUCUCCAUCAAGGGCUGGGAGUGGCGCUGUCUUUGUGAGAGCGGAGCGGGGAAGCCCUCCGGCGAGCUGCGGAAGAGAGAGGAGAGGAGAGAGGCCACUGUUCACACCCUGAGAUGCUCUGCAGGCUGGAGGAGGAAGAGGAGAUGUCUCUAUUGGAGCUACAGCAGAGGGUGGACUGUGUCAUCACCCAUGUUGAUGAGAUUAUGCAGCAGGAGAUCAGGCCAUUACUGGCUGUCGACAUAAUUGAACAACUUCACAGGCAAUUUGCUCUUCUUUCAGGAGGAAGAGGAAAAGAUGGAUCUCCUAUCAUCACCUUCCCAGAGUUCUCAGGUUUUAAUGAGGUGACAGACGAAGAUUUCGUUAAUGUUGUCACAUACCUGACCAGCAUACCAAGCAUGGAUGCUGCUAGCAUCGGCUUCAUCAUCAUCCUGGACCGCAGGAAGGACAAAUGGAACUCAGCAAUCACUUCUCUGGCACGGAUAGCGGGCUCCUUCCCAGGAAAUCUGCAGCUUGUUCUGGUUCUCAAACCUUCACGCCUCCUCCAGAGGGCCAUUGCUGAUGUCAGUAUGCGGUUACAUAGGGAUGAUUUCAAAUUGAAGGUACCGAUAGUUAUGCUAAAUUCCCUGUCAGACUUGCACGGCUACAUUGACAAAGGCCAGCUGACCUGUGACCUGGGGGGAACCCUGGACUAUUGCCACAGUCAAUGGAUUCACCAUCGCACAGCCGUUGAGAACUUUGCGUUAACAGUGAAGAGCACAGCACAGAUGCUGCAGCAGUUUGGAACUGACCUGGCAGAAACUGAACUUCCCAAUGAUGUGCAGUGCACUAAAGAUUUGCUUAUCACACACACCGAAAAACACGAUAAGCUCAAGGAUGAGCUAAAAUUGGCCGUAAAACAAGGAAAUACCCUGCUGUCCUGUAUCAAAGACCAGGCCAGCAAAACCGAGAGCCGCAUUUUGAACCCAGAUGAGGUAGAGAACCAAACAACUGUUGAAAGGUUGUUAGCGCAGCUCGAUGAGACGGAGAAUGCGUUUGAACAGUUCUGGUCGAAGCAUCACCUCAAAUUAGAGCAGUGUUUACAGUUACGGCACUUUGAGCAGGACUUUAGAGAGGUGAAAGUUUCUCUGGACGGCCUGAUGGAAGCCUUAUUGGGGCUGUCCGACACCGGGGACUGUGUGGCUCGAGUCGAUCACCUACUGGGGGAUCUGAAAACCUUGGAGGACAAAGCUCAGGUCAAAAUCUUUUGAAUCUAAGACCAGACCUGAUAUGCAAAGCAUCCCAUUCAGUUCAACAGAAUAGAGGGCUCAACAAUUGUUUUUUGCUGGUUAAACCAGUAGUUUACAUUUGUAUUUUUUCCAAUCACUGGCCCCACCACAAAGAAAGACAGAAAGACAGAAAGAAAGAAAGAAAGAAAGAAAGAAAG